GACCCAUCGAUGGCCGUCGCCUCGACGCCGCUCGUCGCGGCACCAUCGUGCCCGGCCUGGGCGAAGCGUCGUCGCGGGUUCCCGCCGCAGUUCGACGGCAAGCCGUGCGAGCCUGCCGAGGAGGAGGACAUGUGGCUGUGCAGAGCCGACGGCCGCGCGCGCAGCACCGCCGACCUGAAGCGCCUGGCGACCGCCGCUCGGGUGCGAGCGAAACGAGCAGGAGAUGCAGCCGCCGCGAACACGCGCGAUCGGCAGGCGCGCGACCAGCGCCGCCGGCAGCGUGAGCAGCACGACCGGCGCGCAGCGCCGGCGGUCGCCAAGACCGUGCGCCCACAACGCGGCCAGUGCGGCUGCCCGGCGCACGCGGUGUGCGGCAUGUGCGUCGACCAGGGCAAGCUCGCCGCGGCCGAGCAGGCGGCCAUCGACCUGGAGACGCGCUUCCACGCCUCGACGAACGUCGUCAUGGACCUGGAGCGGCCCGAGGACGAGACGGCGGCGCUGCUGCAGCGCUGCGUGCACGUCUCCGACGAGACGAAGCGGCGGCUGCUGGGCGAGUGGAGCGACGAGCGCAUGGCGCACGCGCUGCCGCUGCACGCAUGCGCCUCGUGCGGCGUGCGCGACCCGUCGCUGACGUACACGCGGGUUGACGUGUCGGCGCUGCCGCGUACUGUGUCUGUGCGCGUAGCCGGCGGCGAAGACGAGACGCGGCACGUGUUUGAGCUCUCGCCCGAGCAGUGCGCUAAGUAUCGAGGUCUUC